AUGCCACCAUCCCAGGGACGCAAACCAGCCAAAGGAUUAUCCAAGAACAAACAAAAGGCUAUUGCACGAGAACAAGAACGAAGACAAGCUGUAUUCAAUGCCUUUAGUCAAUAUUAUGAACAAGAAUAUGGUCCGGAACGAUGGUCUACACUAAUGGAAGCCAUGCAUCAACCUUCACGCCAUUGCAUUAUGCUCAACAAGUACUGCACUUCACCACCCGAUCCAGAAAAGUUGACACCAUUGAACUUGGCACGACUUGGCUUUUGCAGCAUUCCCUGUUUUGCAUCCAUGGACGCUGAGCGAUUUCCUCAUCCUUCCAAAGACGAUCAUGGCAUGACCGACUACUACAUUCUCGAUGCUGGAUCAGUAUUAGCGACUGAGGCCUUGGAUAUUGAACCCCAUGACCAUGUCCUUGACUUGUGUGCUGCCCCAGGUGGCAAAUCAGUAUCCGUUCUUCAACGACUAGGACGUGGUGGUCACCUUACCGUCAACGAGUUAUCAGCAGAUCGACGACGACGACUACGACAAGUGUUGGAUGGCUAUGUACCCAAGGAUGUAUUGGAGGAUUUGGUGACAGUGGUUGGCAAGGAUGGCACCAAGUAUUAUCAAGAGCCUGAGCAAUACGACAAGGUGUUAUUGGAUGCUCCUUGUUCCUCUGAACGUCAUUUACUACACGAUGAAAAGGAAUUUGAGCAGUGGUCACCCAAACGCACGGUCCAUAAUGCCACACGACAACUCGCCUUGCUUAAAGCUGCUGUUCAUUCGGUGCGUGUAGGUGGUACGGUUGUCUAUGGAACAUGCUCCAUCAGCUCUACAGAGAACGACAAGGUGAUUAGCAAGUUCAUGCGAAAAGGAAAGAUCCCUGUGGAGGUGGUCAAACGCACAUGGCCCAUUGGUGAACGCACAAAGUAUGGUUGGAUUGUUCUUCCUGACAAAACGGAUGGUUGGGGCCCUCUUUAUUUUGCCAUUCUCAAAAGAACGGGUGUCUCCAAGAAUGACCAUGAGGAUAGCGACGAGGAUGAACAAGAUAUUGCAUAA